AUGACUGAUGAAACUCUGGCAGCAUACGAGACAUCAAAGGAACCACAGUGGACCUUAAGCGUCGUCAAUGGCCGAGUGCGGCUCGAAAGCAAAUUCACGGACUUUCAAGAAUUAAUGAUGUACCAUCAAGCAUCAAUUCGCUAUCUAUCUCCUUUGGCAGGAUUAUUGCAACGGGAAAACGUACGAUUUGAGGGCAUGUCUGCGAGUGUUGCGUUUGCAUCCACCGGUAUGGUUGAGCGCUGCACGCCACACAAAGGACGACAAAUUACGAUCAAGCAACUACCUCAUCCGAUCGAUUACCGACGCGAGAUGGAUCAACUCAUCCAUUUGUAUAUGCAGCGCUUCAAAGUUAUAACUGGGGUGGUACACGAACCAACAUUCAUGGAUCAUUAUCGCAGACUAUCGGAUCCACUCAACAGCGCCAUUGCGCUCGGCGUAUGCAUUGAUGCAAUAGCCUACUUUUAUCCACAACUGAAAUACUCGCCCCUCGUUAAACAACAAUUAGCCGAAUUCUUUUACGGUAGAUGUCGAGACUUGUUGAUAGAUUGCUUUGAGGAUUCAGAACGACAGCUUGAAGCAGUCGUUACGACCAACUUGGUGAUGCAAUACCUGCAAGACGUAUUGAUGGAAUAUCAUGAGGCUCGACGAUUGGUUACUGUGGCCCUGUUGGCUUGUGCAAAAACUUGA